AUAUAUAAUUAUAUUUAUAUCCGUUUAUUUGACAUAGAUGCACUGUCAUAAAAAUUGGCUUAAGUUAAAUUUAAUUUGAACACAAAAGGCUAGUCAAGGCCGGCGGUGAGGGAGGGGAGAGAAGAAACGUAGAGGUUCUGUAACUCACUGUUGCGAUCAAUUGAAAUCUCACUGCCAUCGGACCAGCCGGACACAGCACGUCUUUCUCUUUUAUUUAAACCAGCUGUAACUUAAAUAUACUUUAACUCAAGGUGCCAGGUUGAAUCUAAAAAACCGAGUCAACAGAAAUUAAGGCGUUUCUUUUUUCAACAUAACUGCAAGAAAAUGAAAUAAAACAUGUUGUUUAACAUUUUAUUCUGUUGUUUUUAGAAUAUUACUGUGUCGCAGUGCAUGCCGGGAGAUCAGUGACCCGAAGUUGUGUUGCGCACUACGGUUAUUACGUUAUAUUAGCAAUAAAGAUGUACACGGAACUAAAUAAAGUCAUCUGAAAUCUGCUUAAAGUUGUUUAAUAACACGCGUUCACAACAAAAACCGCGAAAAUGUGGACAUUAAGUCAUUUUAAAUCAAAGAUUAAAUAAGCGAGUAGAGAGAUAAAUCCCCGCAUCUGUACUCGAUUCCCUGGAUAACAACGCUCUAUUCUGUUCGCCGCUUGUUUUUUUUUAGCAGUUAUGGUUAUUUUACACUAUAAAACUAACGCUUCUCAGUUAUACUUUGUUAUUUUGUAUCAUUCGCCUGGACUUUUUGUUUUCUGUGUUUGCACUAACAAAUGUUUUUUUCCUCUCUUAACCGCUCGGUUGCUGAUUGUGCGUUUCACCCUGAGAUGGCAGCAUCAGCCCGUCGAGCCCACAACAACGUGACUGGUCCACUAGUGAAUCAAGUCCGGCUGCCGUGUUGCCUGCUGAAGCACAUCUCCUCUCCGGAGAGAGCAGAUCAUGCACGUUGUCCUCAGUCCGUGUUGUGUUGUUUCAGAUCUGGGAGCCAUGACCAGACGGCCUGGCUACAGAGGUAUGGCUACCUCCCUGCCGCAGACCCCAGAAUGUCAGUGCUGCGUUCUGCCAAAGUCAUGCAGUCCGCUAUUGCUGCCAUGCAGCGUCGCUACGGCCUGAAUGUGACAGGAACCCUGGACAGCAACACUGUAGAGGAUGACACAGUAAGAUGGAUGAAGAGGCCCAGAUGUGGUGUUCCUGAUCAGUUUGGGGGUGCAUCCAGAUUCAGCGUCAGGAAACGGCGAUAUGCCCUCACAGGACAGAGGUGGCAGCACAAGCAUAUCACGUACAGUAUAAAGAAUGUCACGCCUAAAGUGGGUGCUGAGGAAACCCACGAUGCCAUCCGACGAGCCUUUGAUGUCUGGCAAAAUGUGACGCCCCUGCGCUUCGAGGCUGUGCCCUACAGCGAACUGGAGAGGACCAAAAAGGACGUAGACAUCACCAUCAUCUUCGCUUCAGGCUUUCAUGGAGACAGCUCGCCCUUUGAUGGCGAGGGCGGCUUUCUGGCUCACGCCUAUUUCCCAGGACCUGGAAUAGGAGGCGACACACACUUUGACUCAGAUGAGCCGUGGACGCUGGGAAAUCCAAACCACGAUGGUAACGAUUUGUUCCUGGUAGCGGUUCACGAGCUCGGUCAUGCGCUGGGCCUGGAACACUCCAACGAUCCCACAGCCAUAAUGGCUCCUUUCUACCAGUACAUGGAUACAGACAACUUUAAACUGCCCAUGGAUGACCUCUUGGGCAUCCAAAAGAUUUAUGGGCCUCCAGAUAAGCUUCCUCAACCCACCAAACCUUUGCCGACGGCACCCGCUCCUCCCCGCUCCCAUCUUCCCUCAGACCCUCGAAAGCCAGACAGACAGACACGGCCUCCGAGGCUGCCCACGGGGGACAGACCGUCCCACCCUAAUGCUAAACCCAACAUCUGUGAUGGAGCUUUCAACACUCUGGCCAUCUUAAGGAGAGAAAUGUUCGUCUUCAAGGACCACUGGUUUUGGAGGGUAAGAGACAAUGCCGUCAUGCCAGGCUAUCCAAUGCUAAUCAGCGUUUUCUGGAGGGGCCUUCCACCAAAGAUAGAUGCCGUCUACGAGAACAGCGAGGGCAAGUUCGUCUUCUUCAAAGGACAGCAGUUCUGGGUGUUUAAGGACACCGUGCUGCAGCCUGGCUACCCCAAGGACAUCACCCAGUUUGGCCAUGGCAUGCCUGCCCAGAGCAUUGAGACGGCGGUGUGGUGGGAGGACGUGUCCAAGACCUAUUUCUUUAAAGGCGACAGAUACUGGCGCUACAAUGAGGAUACAAGAACCAUGGACCCCGGGUAUCCCAAACCAAUCACAGUGUGGAGAGGCGUGCCUGACUCACCCCAGGGGGCCUUCGUCGACAAAGUCAACGGUUUCACCUACUUCUACAAGGGAAAGGAGUACUGGAAGUUUAACAACCAGUUCCUUCGGGUCGACCCAGGCUACCCGCGCUCCAUCCUCAAGGACUUCAUGGGCUGCGAGCUGAUGCCCAUCGACCCGGGGCGCCCGCCGGCGGACGACGGCAACUCCGGCGUGGUGAUCGAGCUGGACAACGAGGCCAACACGGUGAAGGCCGUCGCCAUCGUCAUUCCCUGCGUGCUGGCUCUGUGCCUGCUGGUGCUAGUUUACACCGUGGUGCAAUUCAAGAGGAAGGGCACGCCGCGGCACAUACUGUACUGCAAG